AUGGGCACAAUGGUCAUUGAAGGUGUGUCCGUGGUCUUCACCCAAGAAGAGUGGACUCUACUGAACCCUGCUCAGAGAAAACUCUACAGAGACAUGAUGAUGGAAACCUUCAGAAACCUGGCAUCAGUAGUGGCUGGAAACCUUAAUGAUGGAGAUAAGUUACCCAGUGUUUGGAUUAUUGACAGGAGUGUGGAGAGUGACACGUUUAUAUUGGUGGUGUACUCACCAUCCUUGAAUGCAGGAGAGUUUGAAGAGGACACUAUCGAUUUUAUGUUUUCACUGCCUGUUUUUAACAGAACUGGGACAAUCAUGAAACUCUGUGAAUGUUCUGAAGGCAGCCAGUGUGUAGAAAACUGCAACCUGAUACCAGGUCUUACUGUGCACCAAGUAGAUACCAUAGAAGAAAAUCCUUUUGAAUUCUGUGAGUAUCUGAAUGCAAGAAGACCAUUCCUGUGGCCUCCUCCCUCACUCAACAUGUAA